UAUUCACAACCAUUUUCCACAAUUCUCUUUUCAGCCCUGUCCAAGCAAAUCAGCUAGCUAAAAAAAUGGCAUCUUCUCUUCACUCAAAAGGUCUUAUUUUGCAUUGCUUGAUUUUAGCUCUUUCUAUAGUCUUUUCCACCUUGCAUGCAAGUGAACCACCUCUAACAUUAGAUUACUACAAAUCCACCUGCCCUGCGGUGCUAGAAAUCGUUAGGAAGGAAAUGGAAUGCGCAGUGCUAUCUGAUCCACGUAAUGCAGCCUUGAUUUUGAGGUUACAUUUCCAUGAUUGCUUCGUUCAGGGUUGCGAUGGAUCAGUUUUGCUGGAUGAUACUAUCACACUUCAAGGGGAGAAGAAAGCACCCAACAACAUAAAUGCCCUGAAAGGAUUCAGAAUUGUCGACAGGAUCAAGAACCGGCUUGAGUCCGAGUGCCCUGAAACAGUCUCUUGUGCUGAUAUUCUCACUAUUGCUGCUAGAGAUGCAGUUCUUCUUGUCGGUGGACCUUAUUGGGAUGUUCCCCUAGGCCGGAAAGACUCAAAGACUGCAGGCUAUGCACUCACUGAAACUAAUCUUCCCACAGCAGAUGAGGGGCUUCUUUCCAUCAUUUCAAAGUUUCUUUAUCAGGGCCUUUCAGUCACCGAUAUGGUGGCUCUUUCCGGGGCUCAUACCAUUGGCAUGGCACGGUGUGUGAAUUUCAGGAAUCGAAUCUAUGGAGAUUUUGUGGCCACUUCAGGUUUUAACAAUCCACUUUCACAGCAGUACCUCAGCAACUUGAAAUCUGGCUGUCCACCUGUUAAAGGAUCAGACAACAAUGAAUCAGCCAUGGACUAUGUCUCGCCAAAUCUUUUCGACAACUCCUACUACCAAAUCCUUAUAAGAGGAGAAGGGCUCAUCAAUUCAGACCAAGAACUCUAUUCGAGUAUUUUAGCAAUCGAAACUAAGAAACUUGUUGCAAAAUAUGCCGAAAAUCCCAUUGUUUUCUUUGAGCAGUUCUCUGAAUCCAUGGUGAAAAUGGGAAACAUCACAAACCCCGACACUUAUGUUAAUGGAGAAGUUAGGAAAAACUGCAGGUUUGUGAACACAUGAGCAUGCAUGCAUGCAUGAUAAGGAUUCAUCAUCUGCUGCAGCUGUCUUUCUUAAGUACUUCAGACUUGAAAUUCAAGUCCCUUAUUUGAUUCAUUUUGUAUUCAUCAGACAGGUCUUACGUAUACAAUGUUUAAGGACUGAUGUUUGUUGCGAUAUUAAUGUACUACUCCACUUUAAUACCUUAGUCUUGCCAAACUGAACAACUCAUUUUGUCGAGAAUGACUCUGU